AUGAUAAUAAUUUGUUUAUUGGGAAUUUUUUUAUUUCCAAAUAAAAUAUCAUGUCAACAAAAAUCUAUUACCACCAUCACAUCAAUUCCUGAGACGAUUCCUACAACAGUUCCUACGGAAUCAAUUCCAAUAGCAGCUGAUGUACCUGGACAAAAUGCAUCUAUUUACGAAACUUAUUUAGAUCCUCGGGUUUAUGCUGCUUUAAUCUCAACGCAACCUGCCAUACCAGACGAUGGAACUAAGCCUACUGAUAAAUGCGUUUACGUUUCCACACCACGUCCUAACGAAAAUAAAAGCGUCAGUUGGGACUGCGAAGCUGGAUAUUAUUGUCUCGGUUCGAGUAACUCUUCAAAAUUCCCAUGUACUGAUGGAUUCUAUUGUCCAGAAAAUACACAGCCCAAUUACUGCUGUGAAGGUUAUUAUUGUGAAAAUCCAAAAACAAUCAAACUUUGCCCUGAAGGAACCGUUAAUCCAUUAUCUUGUCAUUAUAUGGCUUUUUGUCCACCCGGAUCAUCAUUUGCCAAUAAAUAUUUAGUUGGAGUUUUAGUAGCAGCCAUAAUAUUAUUGAUCUUAAUAUUAUUCCAAAUCAAAAAGAAAGCAGAUUAUGAAAAGAAUAAAAAAUAUAAGAGAUUAUUAGUAGAACCCAGAUUUGAAAAUAGUGAAAGAACAUUAGAUCGCGUUUCACAAACAUUUGAUAUUGAAUUUGAAGAUUUAAGUUUAGUUUUACCUUCUGUUUCAGGAUCACUUAAACAUGGUAGAACAUGUGCGAUCAUGGGACCAUCUGGUGCUGGUAAAACUACAUUAGUUUCCCUUUUGACAGGAAAAGUCUCUAAGCAAUUACAGAAAACUUAUUGGAUUCGUACCUCAAGAAGAGAGCUAACGAUACGUGAAAUUUUGGUG